GAAAGAUCCAUUGUACAAAUCAUCGUCAUCGAUCACCGUGAGUGUCAAAGGUCCGCCCACCGCCCUGCCUGCCUGCCUGCCUCAUCCGAUACAUCCAUCCAUCCACCAUGACGCAGCACGCAAGCGACAGCGGGGCAGGCAGACAGGCAGGCAGGCAGGGGCGGCCAUUCGUUCGCACCUACCUGUCUGUCUGCAUGGCACUACUCCACAAGCAGCCGUGCACUGCACACUCGCGUCCAUGCAUGUAAUGUCAGGUCAGGCCAGGCCAUGACACGUUCUAUCUAGCUCGCCCCAUCACCCCCAGCCCCCUCACUCCCCCCGGGCCCCUUCUGGCCACUCCCCUCUCCACGGCCCAGCAGCUGCAUUAUCACAUCCUCGGCCCGCCGCGGCAGUUCCUGAGCCAUAGCGGCAGAAAGGGCCCGUCCCAAGGGCUGCUGCUGCAGCUGCUGCUGCUGCAGCUGCUGCUGCUGAUGCUGCUGCUGUGGCACACUCAAUCCACUCGGGCCUGUGUUGGUGUUGGUAUUCGGCUGACCCCGGUGCAAAAUGCCUCUCCCCAAGCCCCGUGAGAAAUCGAAGUUCUCCGACACAGCUCGGUCCACAAAGGAGCCUGGCGCAUGGUGGUCGACAACCAUGGCUGUGGCUGCUGGGUCCUGCUGCUGGUGCUGGUAUUGUGGCUGGGCCAUGUCGAAGCCGCCUCCAGGAGUGUGUGGCUGCGGGAAGUGCGACAGCUGACGGCUGGCAGCAAAGGGGACAGGCAUGCCGAUGUUCCGUGGGCACGGCCGGUUCUGCCGCGUCAUUGGCUGAGGGGUGUAGGAGUACUGCCUCUGAGCGUUGUCAUCCCCACUCGGCCCGAAGCUGCCGUCGGGAUGGCGCACCCAUAGCCCAUGGGGUGGGUGUGGGGGAGGGGGAGAGGGCGCCUGGACGACCAUAGCAGCGUUGGAGUCGCUCUCCUGCCGCGGCAGCGCCACAUGUGGUGGCUGUUGGUGCUGGUGCUGUUGUUGGUGUGGGAGGUACAUUGGAGGGGCGAAGGGGGGCGGCUGCUGGCUGUCUGGCAGCUGCAUCACGAUGGCGGGGCCGAACAGCUGACCGCCGCGGUGUGGAUGCUGCUGCUGCUGCUGCUGGUGUUGGCGUUGGUUGUGGGGGCUGCCAUCGAGCGAUUCGGCGGCGGUGUGGGGGAGGGGGAGAGGGUGUAUGUGGUGUUUGGGGGGCCUCUUGCUCUUCCGUCCUCUCUGCACAUACGAGUGGGGGUACCCGUCGUUCUCGGGAAAGCUGCAUGGGACCCUGUUGGAGCGACCGCGGAAUGACACAGACAGACAGAGAGAGACCAUUGAUUGACACAGACCCACACCUGUUUGGCCUUCCACUACCCAUCUACCGACCCGUUGUUAGCCUGGCAGGCGGGGCAGGCCGGCUCGUAUUUGGGCGGCUCUAACACGCUGGUGCGGGGCGUGAAGUAGGGGCACAUCGGCUUGUGCCCUGGUGGCGGCCCGGCCGUGGCCAAACCGCCAGACAUCCACAACACAACAGAGAUCAGAUGUCACCUCACCCACCCAUCCCACCGAUUGUGUGGGAGCGUGUCUGGCGUGGCGUACAUACAUCUGUUGUCGUGUGCCAUGGGUAUCUUCCUGUUGACCCCGCAGUGCCAGCAAAACUCGUGACCGCACUGACAUGUCACGUGGUCACACUCCUAACACACAGACACGCACACAGACACAGACACAGACACACACGAGGGCGGGGUGGUCGUGUCGUGGUGGCCGUCAGCAGCUCUGUGCGUGCGCUUGCGUGUGCGUGUGUGUGUGUGUGUGUGUCGCUUGCCUCUUCGCUUUUGAAUCCCCCGCCGUAGGCGCACUUGAGUGGGCAGGGCUUCCAUCCUUCCUCUAGCAACUGGACCGGGGCAAGGUACAGAAAGGCGCUGUUUGGGCGAGGGGAUGGGUGCGUGUCUAGGUGCGUACCUGUCUAACUCUGGCCUGGUGCUCUCGGAGGUCCUUCUUGUGCACCUUGCUCAGACGCUGCUCGCACGUCUCACCUGAACCACACACACACCAAGACACACACCAAGACACACACACGUGUGCCGUCCGUCCGUCCAUCCAUCCAUCCAUCCACUCUCGGUUUGCCCACCUCUAUGCGGCCCGUGCUCGCACUGCCACCAGCCAGCCAGCCAGCCAGCCACAGAUAAUUAUCA